UCUUCAUUCCAGCUCACAUGGCAUACAGACUUUGGACUUAUAUUUGGACAGAUAUAUAAUCAAUCUUUGCCAUUAUUCACAUUUCGACUGUAUCACAUAGAUACAUCAGACAAAAUUAUCUAGGUUAGAAAUAGAAGUAUUUCAGUUAAACAAUAUUUUUCGGUCAAUAGAAAGCCAGCCUUUUCUUGAAGCCAUGUGGGGACGUUUGGUUGUGUUGCUAGCUCUAAUAGGUGGCACUCUUUCACUGGACAAACUGAACAUGUGCAUGGAUGCCAAACACCACAAAACUCAGCCUGGAAUAGAGGGACAACUUUACCUGCAGUGUUCUCCUUGGAAAGACAACGCAUGUUGCACAGCAAACACCAGCGCAGAGGCUCAUGAUGAUAACUCCUACCUUUACAACUUUAACUGGAACCACUGUGGCAUCAUGUCAGCCAAAUGCAAGAAACACUUCGUCCAGGACACCUGCUUCUACGAGUGCUCACCGCAUCUGGGACCAUGGAUACAGCCGGUGGAUCAGUCCUGGCGUAAGGAGCGCAUCCUUGAUGUGCCCUUGUGUAAGGAAGACUGCCACACCUGGUGGGACGACUGUAAGGAUGACCUUACCUGCAAGACCGACUGGCACCGUGGAUGGGACUGGAAAUCUGGAAUCAACCAGUGCCCACAGAACGCACACUGCAAAAAGUGGACAGAAGUUUACCCCACAGCUAAGUCCAUGUGUGAGCAGAUCUGGUCCAAGUCAUACCUCUACACUGAACUCACCAAGGAGUCUGGCAAAUGCAUGCAACUGUGGUUCACUGGGACCAACCCAAACAAAAAAGUGGCUGAACACUACUUGAACAAGGGCUGCGGCACACAUCACAACUUGUUCCUUGUGACAUUUCUUCUGCUGUCUGUCACUUCACUGAAUGGGUUGUUUUGAAUACAUUAGACAAAGAGAGUUGUCAUGCUACAUGCCUCAACAUGGUCUCUGUCUCUUUGUUUGUCUCUCCAAUGGUACAACAAAUAUUUGUGUCUGCUGAUGUGCGGGACUGUAAAUUACAGAAAUGUUAUUUUCUAUAUCGUGCUUCCAGUGUCAUGUAGGUGUGAUCCUAACAUGGGAUACAAUUAAAGCAAUUCAAGGACUCAUGUGAAAUGGGUACCAUGACUUUCCAUAUUUUAUAGUUAGAUAUCAAAUCUAAAAGGUCUAUAGUGAUUAAAGACAAACUUAAUAUGUAACUUGUUAUUGCCUGCUGCUACUUUGUCCUACACACAAACUACUCAAAUAUGCUUACAAAGUAAUUGCUCUUCCAUCCUUGUUCAAACAACCAUAAUAAUAAAUACAUAAAAAUGAA